GCUGCCACCAAGGCCAUGAUGAGGGUCAACGGGGACGAUGACAGUGUUGCGGCCCUGAGCUUUCUCUACGACUACUAUAUGGGCCCCAAGGAGAAGCGGAUACUGUCCUCCAGCACUGGUAGCCGGAAUGACCAAGGAAAGAAGUACUACCACAGCAUGGACUGUGAGCCGGAUCUCGCUCCCCUUGAGAGCCCCACGCACCUCAUGAAAUUUUUGACGGAGAACGUGUCUGGAAGCCCAGACUAUACAGACCAGCUCAAGAAGAACAACCUGUUAGGCCUGGAGGGGACUCUACCCACCCCCGGCAAGACCGCUACCCUCCCGCCGGGUCCGAGCAAGCUGGAAGCCGGCUCCAUGGACAGCUACCUCCUGCCCUCGGGCGACAUGUAUGACAGUGGCUCCCUCAGCUCCUUAUUUGAGAGCAUUCACGGGGUUCCACCCACACAGCGCUGGCAGCCAGACAGCACCUUCAAAGAGGACCCCCAGGAGUCGCUGCUCUUCCCCGAUAUCCUGAAAACAUCGCCGGAACCCCCGUGUCCAGAGGAUUACACGAGCCUCAAGAGCGAUUUCGAGUACACGCUGGGCUCCCCCAAAGCCAUUCACAUCAAAGCGGGAGAGUCACCCAUGGCCUACCUCAACAAGGGUCAGUUCUACCCGGUCACCCUGCGCACCCCAGCGGGAGGCAAAGGCCUGGCUCUGUCCUCCAGCAAAGUCAAGAGCAUGGUGAUGGUCGUGUUUGAUAACGACAAGGUGCCCGUGGAGCAGCUGCGUUUCUGGAGACACUGGCAUUCCCGGCAGCCCACCGCCAAGCAGCGAGUCAUCGACGUGGCCGACUGUAAGGAAAACUUCAACACAGUCCAGCACAUCGAGGAGGUGGCUUACAAUGCGCUCUCGUUUGUGUGGAAUGUCAACGAGGAGGCCAAGGUGUUCAUCGGUGUCAACUGUCUGAGCACUGACUUCUCCUCGCAGAAGGGGGUGAAGGGUGUCCCCCUGAACUUGCAAAUCGACACCUAUGACUGUGGAGCGGGCACCGAGCGCCUGGUACACCGUGCCGUCUGCCAGAUCAAGAUCUUCUGUGACAAGGGAGCUGAGAGGAAGAUGCGUGAUGAUGAGAGGAAGCAGUUUCGAAGGAAGGUCAAGUGCCCAGACUCUGGCAACAAUGGCAUCAAGGGCUGCCUGCUGUCAGGCUUCAGGGGCAAUGAGACCACAUACCUACAGCCCGAAGCUGACCUGGAGACCCAGCCCGUGCUGUUCGUCCCCAACCUGCACUUCUCUGGCCUGCAGCGCCCAGGAGGGGUUGUCCCCUCAGCAGGACACAGCAGCUCUGACAGGCUGCCCCUGAAGCGUACCUGCUCACCCUUCGCUGAGGAGUUUGAGCCUCUUCCCUCCAAACAGGCCAAGGAAGAUGACCUUCAGAGAGUUCUGUUGUAUGUGAGGAGAGAGACAGAGGAGGUGUUUGAUGCGCUUAUGUUGAAGACCCCGGACCUGAAGGGGCUGAGGAAUGCGAUCUCUGAGAAGUAUGGGCUCCCCGAGGAGAACAUUUGCAAAGUCUACAAGAAAUGCAAGCGAGGGAUCCUGGUCAACAUGGAUAACAACAUCAUCCAGCAUUACAGUAACCACGUGGCCUUCCUCCUGGACAUGGGAGAGACGGACGGCAAGAUCCAGAUCAUCCUGAAGGAGCUGUGAGGGCCGAGCCGCAAGCCGGCCGUCCCCGGGGCCCAGGCUCACACCACGUACGACCUCUCCUCGCAUGUCAGCACUGUUACUUGAAACGCCUUUCUCAGGGGAAGAGGUCUUGCAAGCCACAAACUUGGUGAUGUCAGGGCCAGGGAGGAAGCAAGGAGAUCCAGGAUCUAAAUGCCCUGUCCAGGCUUGAACUCACCUCGGAGCUUCCUGCAAGUACCCACCCACCGGAGACCAGGAGUCUGGAUCAACACAGACCCAACUGUCGGCUU